CCCAACCUCAACCUCAAACGAAGGCAUUAUAAAAAAGAAUUUAUUCCCAAAACAGAGCAUUGAAUUCAUCAUUGGAACACACACAUAGACCUCUGUCUCACUGCACUUCCUCACAAUAAUGUAUCAUCAUAGGCUUUCACAGAGACCAAACCCACUCUGUAUCAUCAUCAUCUUCCUCACUUUACCAACCAUUUCGGCCAUUGUCUUUCUCACACUCUCUUCCCAAACCCCUCUCAUCAAAAUCCCAAAACCCAAACCAACAAUAACCUCUCUUAUACACACCCAAAUUGCUAACACAACUUGCGAUGGAACUCUCUAUCCAGACCUCUGUGUCUCCACAAUCUCCACAUUCCCAGAUCUCCUCCUCAAAUCGCUCCCUCAAAUCAUUGCCGCCACCGUUAAUCACUCCGUCACGGAGGUCCGAGCCUCCGAAUCGAACUGCUCUGGCAUUCUCAGAACAAUCCCUGAGCUAGCCCCACUCGAUAAGCAAGCUCUCGAUGACUGUAUCGAGCUCUUGGACAACACAAUCGCCGAGCUCAAGACCGUGAUCGCCGAUCUCUCUGCUAAUAAAACGACGUCAAAGCAUUUUCGUGAUUUGCAGACAUUGCUGAGCGGUGCGAUGACGAACCAGUACACUUGUCUUGAUGGGUUUGCUUACAGCAAAGGGAAUGUGCGUCCGUAUAUUGAAGAUAGGUUAGAUAAGAUAUCUCAUCAUGUCAGUAAUGCUCUGGCGAUGCUGAGGAAGAUUCCGGCGGCGAAUGCGGCGGCGCACGGCGGCGGAGAGGUGUUCCCGGAGUAUGGGAAGGUGAGGGGUGGGUUUCCGACGUGGGUUUCGAGGAAGGACCGGAGGUUGUUGCAGGCCGCGGUGAAUCAAACUCGGUACAAUUUGGUGGUGGCGAAGGAUGGAAGCGGGAAUUUUACAACGAUUGGAGAGGCUGUGGCAGCAGCGCCAAACUCAAGCGAGACGAGGUUUGUGAUAUAUGUGAAGGGCGGGGCAUAUUAUGAGAAUGUGGAGGUGGAGCGAAAGAAGACGAAGUUGAUGUUGGUUGGAGAUGGGAUCGGAAAAACGUUGGUGAAGGAUAAUCGAAAUGUUGUUGAUGGGUGGACCACUUUCCGGUCGGCUACAUUUGCUGUGGUGGGAAAUGGCUUUAUAGCCAAAGGGAUCACAUUCGAAAACUAUGCCGGUCCAAGCAAACACCAAGCAGUGGCUUUUCGGUCGGGCUCAGACUUCUCAGCAUUCUUCCAGUGCAGCUUCAUAGGCUACCAAGACACUCUCUACGUCCACUCCCUCCGACAAUUCUACCGCGAUUGUGACAUAUAUGGAACCGUCGACUUCAUUUUUGGAAACGCCGCUGUUGUUUUCCAGAACUGCAAUUUAUACGCUCGCAAGCCAGACGAUAACCAAAAAAACAUUAUCACCGCUCAAGGAAGAGAUGACCCAUUUCAAACCACAGGGAUUUCAAUCAUAAGUUGCAAAAUUGCCGCUGCAUUGGAUUUAAUUCCUGUGCAAUCAUCGUUUAAAACAUACCUUGGCCGACCCUGGAAGCAGUAUUCGAGGACUGUUUAUCUUCUGUCGAAUAUCGGCGAUUUGGUUGACCCUGCCGGAUGGUUGGAAUGGUCCGGUAAUUUUGCAUUGUCGACGCUUUAUUACGGGGAGUACAAGAAUAAGGGUCCGGGUUCAAACACAAGUGACAGAGUGACCUGGCCAGGUUAUAAGGUUAUAAGCAAUUCCACUGAGGCUAGUCAGUUUAGUGUUGGGAAUUUUAUUUUGGGGGAUGAUUGGUUACCAACUUAUAACAUUUCGUACUCUCGCAAUUUGACUAGUUGAGUUGAGAGGUGAAUUGAUUAUGCUCAUUGAUUUAUUGGUAUUGUUAAUUUGUUGUAUGAUUGAAUGAAAUUGUAUUAUUCAAAAA